AUGUCAUCUAGGGAAGGAUACCUGGAAGAAGGCUUCCUCGAGCGCAAUUGGGAGAAAUACCUAGAGGCGAAUGAGGGAGAGGUUGAGGUCGGAUCGUCUAAAAAGCCUUUAGGGGAGGAUGGGCCGGAUCUUGAAAGGUGGGACCUCCACAAAGGGAAAAAUCAGGCUGGUUCUGAGGAGGUUGAGGAAGAAGUUGACGGCAUCACCUCCAAGCUCAGAGACAUGGUCACUGGCGAGCUGAGGAAUGUGUGGGAUCGGCGCAGGCAAGUCGAGAAAUCUAAGAUGCCCAGGGGACCCGAGUUCACCGAGGAGGAAAUCCUAUUACCACAGACCUAA